UUAAAUAACGAUUUGGUAUGAAAAAUGUGUUGCUCAAAUCAUUUUAUGACUAUAUUAUCGUCAGAGGAGACUUUCCUAUCAUCCUCUGCUGGGUUUGAGCCUGCAAAUUAGUGAUUGAAUGGGUUUAUUUCCUGACAAAUGAGCAGUAAAUUGGGUCUGACUGGUGGACUCUGAGGUGCAGCAGCUUCUUUCCAGGCAGAAUUCACCGUAUUCAGUUAACACUCUGCCCAGAUGUUCUUGAGCAAGGCGCUGCGUAGUUUUACAUAAAUUCUGAGCUAAGAAUAGAGUUUUAUUGUACAGUAGAGCUGCUUUGUGUUGCUGAUGGGAGGUUUAUGGAGGAGGAGGAGGAGAAGGAAGAACUCUGCAGCACUAAUGAUGAGUGACAGCAGCAGCAGCCAAUCAGAGCAGAGACUAAAGCUUUUAAUGGUGUCAGAGCUUCAGCUGCAGACUGAAGCACCUGUAGCAACCGGAGGAGUCUGUCUGCACCGUUACACUCCGUUAUACUCUCCAUUAUACUGUCCGGUACAGCGGCGGAGCGUCGUGAUUACCGGCUGCAGCAUGAAGCUCCGAUAUCUGCCCGUCGUGUUUCUCUUCGCUGCUUUCGCUAAAGGAAUGACAGAAACUACGUCUGCACAGACAACCCGAACCACCAUCUCCAGUGGGAUGACAAACACAACCCCUGUACCUGCAAGUACAGCUACCACACACAGAAGCACAACUACAAGCUCACAGAUCACUCCCACAACCAACAAUGCAACUACAAGAACACCAAACAUACCCACAACCAAAGACGCAACUACAAGCACAAAGGUCACACCCACAACUAACAACACAAUGACAACACCACCUGACACUCCUACAGCCAACAGCACCACCAAACCAGUCACUCCCACAAGCAACAAGAUAAGUACAAGCACAUCCACAACCAACAACGCAACUACAAUCCAUCCCACAACCAACAAUCCAACUACAAUCCAUCCCACAACCAACAACGAAACUACAGUUCAUCCCACAACCAACAAUCCAACUACAAUCCAUUCCACAACCAACAACGCAACUACAAUCCAACCCACAACCAACAACGCAACUACAGUCCAACCCACAACCAACAACGCAACUACAGUCCAACCCACAACCAACAACGCAACUACAGUCCAACCCACAACCAACAACGCAACUACAAUCCAACCCACAACCAACAACGCAACCACAGUCCAACCCACAACCAACAACGCAACCACAGUCCAACCCACAACCAACAACGCAACUACAGUCCAACCCACAACCAACAACGCAACCACAGUCCAUCCCACAACCAACAACGCAACUACAGUCCAACCCACAACCAACAACGCAACUACAGUCCAACCCACAACCAACAACGCAACGACAAUCCAACCCACAACCAACAACGCAACCACAGUCCAUCCCACAACCAACAACGCAACCACAGUCCAACCCACAACCAACAACGCAACCACAGUCCAUCCCACAACCAACAACGCAACUACAGUCCAACCCACAACCAACAACGCAACUACAGUCCAACCCACAACCAACAACGCAACUACAGUCCAUCCAACAACCAACAACGCAACUACAGUCCAACCCACAACCAACAACGCAACUACAGUCCAACCCACAACCAACAACGCAACUACAAUCCAACCCACAACCAACAAUGUAACCACAGUCCAACCUACAACCAACAACGCAACCACAAUCCAACCCACAACCAACAACGCAACUACAGUCCAACCCACAACCAACAACGCAACUACAAUCCAACCCACAACCAACAACGCAACUACAAUCCAACCCACAACCAACAACGCAACCACAAUCCAACCCACAACCAACAACGCAACUACAAUCCAUCCCACAACCAACAACGCAACUACAAUCCAUCCCACAACCAACAACGGAACUACAAUCCAUCCCACAACCAACAACGUAACCACAGUCCAACCCACAACCAGCAACGUAACUUCAGUCCAACCCACACCCAACAACUCAACUACAAUCCAACCCACAACCAACAACGCAACUACAAUCCAUCCCACAACCAACAACGCAACUACAAUCCAUCCCACAACCAACAACGUAACCACAGUCCAACCCACAACCAGCAACGUAACUUCAGUCCAACCCACACCCAACAACUCAACUACAAUCCAACCCACAACCAACAACGCAACUACAGCGACCACACAAACCAGCAGCGACACAACUCCAACUAGAGUAACUACGGCUGCACCAAUGAACUCUACUAGCACCACUCCUACGUCUGCUGCUACACCUUUGUCCUCCACCGCGAACACAAACACAACGCUCACAGCUGGACCCUCAACUUCUACACCUGCAUCCACCUCCAACUCGCUUCCACCGAGCACCUCCCCAGGCAGUAGCACCGCACCCCCCACCGGAAACACCAGCACUCUUAAUCCCUCAGCAGCAACCCCAGGAGCUACAACCACCACUCCGAUCUCCAACACCAUCACUCCAACCUUCAGCACCACCACCGUCCCACCGACAGAAGUCACCACCAGCAACACGACCACAACGGCUCCGCCUCCCCCUAUUAUAGUGUGUCCCGCUGUCCCGUGUCCACCAGAGAGCGUUUGUCUAAAUGGUACUUGCCAGUGUCUCUCUGGAAGCUUCCUGCUGAAUGGACGUUGUACACCUGCCCAAGUGUUCCCAGGCCAGCUUCAUAUCGUCACGUUGACAUUUCAAGAUGAAAUGCGUAACAGAUCCUCGAGCAUAUUCCAGACAACAGCGGCGGAGAUCUCAGCAGCGCUGGAAGGUGCCCUCAGAAAUCAGCCGGGUUACGUACGCUCUGAUGUUGUGCAACUUGAGCCAGGAAGUGUGCAGGCAAUUGUGAAUAAUGUAUUUCAGCAAACCAACGCCACUCAAGAGUCUGUUGAUCAGGUCAUUAGUCAGGCUGCAGCCAGUUCAGAGGGACUACUGGCCAACGCCACGUUUACAUCUACAAACUUGUGUAACCAGGAGCCAUUACCUUGCGACGUCUCCACGACACUGUGCACAAACACAAACGGCCGAGCUGUUUGUUCCUGUAGAGAUGGCUACAUCUCCAUUGUGUACUCAAACACCAGUUGCAGAGCGUGUCCAAGUGGGGAGAGAGCGGUGGGGGGUGUCUGCCAACCAUGUGCGUUUGGUUACGCUGGUUUCAACUGCAAUGACUCGUCUCUGCUGGCAGUCGUGGUCAUUUCCUGUGUUCUAGGAGGAAUUCUGCUCAUCCUCAUCCUGGCUCUGCUCAUAUUCUGCUGCUGGACGAGAUGCUCGCUAAACAAAACCGACUUCAGCAGCCCCAGUCCGUAUUCAUCGGGUGAGGGAAACCAGCCGUGGCCGACUGGCAUCACUCCGAUCCCUCGAGCCACAACUCAAUGGGACGGAGCUCCAUCCAUAGAGAUGACAGAAGGGGGCAGCACUCACAAUCUGGUGGACAAAAAGCACCAAAGCAAUGGACUGGGGUUUCAGCUGAAGCCGAAAGGAUGGAAGAAGUCGGGAUCGUAUGAUCUCGCCCCAGACGGACUGAGGACGUUCAAAGGUAAAAACCCGUCCCGUUACUCGUAUCUGGUCCAAGGACACGAGAACCCCUACUUCCUACCAGGAGACGAGAGUAAAAACUGAAACUCGCGAAGAGACGAGGGACACGGGAUCAAAAAGAAGUCACUGGUUUGAACUCACGGACAUUUCCUGAGCUGGACUAUUUUAUUUGUGAUAUUUGCUUGGAUUAAUCACAGAAGACAAGCAGAGCUCAGUGACCAAAGAGAAUCAUUUAUACAAGCAAGAACGUUUUUUUUUAAUGUCUGCUUUCAAUGAUUCUGACCAGUAGAUGUCGCUGUUGCGCUCUAAAUUUAGUACAGUAGUGUUUUUUUAAGGGUACAUUUGACCUUUUAUGCUUUUUUUUUGGUAUUUUUUUAUGCUUUAAAGAAAUCAUUCUGUAGACGUUCAAACUGGAGACUCCUACAUUACUAAUUGCACUAAAGUGUCUGUUAAGUUUACCACCGUUUUUUCUGAAAUCAAACUGAAUGUGGGACUUUCUGUGGCUCCUAACUGUUUUUUUUUUCUUAAGGGUGUGAUUAUUUUCUAGACAAACAAAUCUUGAAGUGACUAAAGGGGCUGGAUCCCUGGUUGGGAGUGUUUUUAAAAGGGAUUUACUGUAGCAGUCUGCAACUGAGAACUCCGCAUUUGUUGAAGCUGCACUUGCAGAAAUGUGCCUGUUAUACUGGUCGCUCUGACAAAUAGGAAGCAUUAUGCAAAGCUGCUGAAGAAGCCUGUCUCUCGGAUGUGCCAAUUAUCACUUGUAUACAUUUCUUUCAAAGAUUCUAUACAUAUAUAAAUAUAUUUAUCCUUGAGUGUCUGAGAGAGAGUUCACUAUUUUAUAAGUGUGUAAAGUUUUUGUACAUAAUUGAAGACCUCUGGGCAGAGAAUGUGUGAAUUUAUGCUGUGGAAAUAAAUUAAUUUAAAUGCAA